UUUUUAUUUUGUGACCAGAAAAACAAAAUCCAAACAACAACAAAGGAUUGGGAGUUGGGAGAAAAAGGGAGUUCAGGAUGAUAAUCUGAAGAAGUUUCAGCACCCUCCAAUUCCAUGGCGAAAACCCUAAUUUCGUCUCCGGGCUUCCUCGGAACGCCACUUCCCGCCCGCUCUCGCCAUGGACUCGUCCACUCGGUUCCCAGCCGUCGAUUCAUCUCUACGACAGUCAAGAUGAGCCUGCAUGAUAUUACUCCUGUUCAUCUCCCUCCCUCUCACAUUGAUAUCAGCUCCAUUCUCACCAGAGCCGAGAGCGUCCUGUAUACGCUUGCCGAUGCCGCGGUGGCAGUCGACUCUGGCGCUGCUUCGAGCUCAACUGAUGCUGCUGCCGUUCAGAAGAACGGCGGUUGGUUCGGGUUUAUCUCCGACGCUAUGGAAUUCGUGCUCAAGAUACUCAAGGGCGGGCUUGAGGCCGUGCAUGUACCUUAUGCAUACGGCUUUGCCAUUAUAUUGUUGACUGUUGUUGUGAAAUUGGCGACACUGCCUUUGACAAAGCAGCAGGCAAGUUUUGCAGUUGUCAUUGUUUCUGUGGAAUCAACCCUUGCAAUGCAAAACCUUCAACCUAAGAUAAAAGCAAUCCAACAAAGAUACGCCGGCAAUCAGGAAAGAAUACAACUUGAGACAUCACGUUUAUACCGGCAAGCUGGGGUUAAUCCAUUAGCAGGUUGUCUUCCGACUCUGGCUACAAUUCCGGUGUGGAUAGGUCUGUAUCAAGCUCUUUCAAAUGUUGCAAAUGAGGGAUUGUUGACAGAAGGGUUCCUAUGGAUUCCUUCAUUGGGUGGGCCUACUACAAUUGCAGCUAGACAAAGUGGAUCUGGAAUUUCUUGGCUCUUCCCAUUCGUGGAUGGCCAUCCACCAUUGGGCUGGCAUGAUACUGCAGCAUACUUGGUUUUGCCUGUAUUGCUUAUUGUAUCGCAGUAUGUGUCAAUGGAGAUCAUGAAGCCUCCCCAGACAGAUGAUCCUGCCCAAAAGAAUACGCUUCUGGUCUUCAAAUUCCUUCCUCUGAUGAUUGGAUACUUUUCCUUGUCUGUGCCAUCAGGCUUAACAAUCUAUUGGUUUACGAACAAUGUUCUAAGCACAGCCCAACAGGUAUGGUUGCGCAAAUUGGGUGGUGCCAAGCCAGCGGUCAACGAGGAUGCCUGUGGAAUCAUCACUGCAGGACGUGCAAAGCGAUCGGUUGCACAGCCAGCAGGGCCGGGUGAAAGGUUCAAGCAGCUGAGGAAUGAGGAGAAGAAAAAGUUGGGCAAGGCUCUAGCAACAGAUGAUAGCCAGAUUCUGGAUUCUGCAUCUGGUCGGGAGGAAGACUCAGAUGGUGCAACUGAGGACAAGGGCGAGGAGGUGCUAGAAGAAGCAUAUGCUUCUAGUGCAGGUAAACAGGUGCCUGAUGUUUCACGGCCAAAGAGAAGCAAACGGUCAAAAAGAAAACGCACUGUUUAAGAAAGUCUUGGCGAGACCAAGAUGAUUGUAAUGUUUGGUGAUAGGUGACUGGAUGGCUUACCCAACGUGGUGCGGCUUCCCUUUGUGAACUGGAGCUGAAUUGUGCAGGCUUGAUUCUAAAGCGAUCUGUGAUAGAAGAUGCAGCAUAUGAGUAAUGUUUAGUACACGUGAGAAACUUUGAAGUAUCUGUUUAAGUUCCACAUACAUAUCUGAUUGAGUAAGAAGCUGCUUUUGUAGUUGAGUUUUGUAAUGUGUUGUAAUGUAGAAGACGAGGCGAUUUCAGAUGAAGCAUUUUGCUAGAUUUGGCUAGAAAAGGGCCAGAAAGGAUGAAGGGGCUUGCCUGAACCAGUAGCUUGAACCCUCGUAAUGGUGAAUAUCCCGUGUUGUAUAGCAAAGAGCAGAAGGCAUGGUAAGAGCAGGAAUUUGAGAAUCUUGCUACUCAUGUCGAACCUGUGAGAUUGUGUAAGUUUUGCAGUUGAAAUGAGAACCUAUAUAUUUGAAGCUAGCUUGCAGAAGCAUGCAAUAUGUUGUAGGCACCGUUUUUAUCUAAUUUUUUUUUUAUGGUAAUCAUAGCAGAACUUGAAUAUAAUGCAGUGAAUGUUUGUUAAAACUGCUUGGGAAUCCUAUGCUGAAGGCCUGAGAUUCAAAUCUGGAUUUGUCUUCUUUGUGGGUUGACUUCUACUCGAGUCAUAAUUACAAGGGCUAUCAUUCCUUCCAUGAUUUUAGUUGGGAGAGUACUUGCCCUAUUAUUUGAUUUUGAAUGCUUGAGCCUCUUGUGUGCCUGUCGGUCUUGUCCACACAAGUUUUUCUUAGACAUUGUCAGGAGCACCAGGUAAAAUACUCAGCAAAGAUGAAAGAGGUGAAUGGAGAGAUUCGUUGGUCUAAUCUAACCCACUACCCCAUUUCAGA